CUUCCUCACGCGGACACUCAAAGCUCUCUCUCUCUCUCUGGUCUCAAGAGUCGAGGUGCCAUGGGCUGCUGCUUCUCCUGCUUGGGUGCCAAGAAGAUGAAGAAGCCGCCGCCGCCGCCGCCGAUGGAGAAGCCUCAGAUCCCUCCCGCCGCAGAGAAAGCGAGACCGGCGGGGUGCUCGUCGGCGGCGGCGUCGUCGAGCGCGGCGCGGCAGGACUCGCUGUCGGAGGCCAAGAAGGAGUUCGUCCUCAGCAACGGAUCCCAGCACCGCCACAUCGCCGCGCAGACCUUCACCUUCAGGGAGCUCGCCGCGGCCACCAACAACUUCAGGGCCGACUGCCUCCUAGGGGAGGGCGGCUUUGGCCGGGUCUACAAGGGCUACCUGGAGAGUGUCAACCAGGUUGUUGCUAUAAAACAGCUUGAUCGUGAUGGGCUGCAAGGCAACCGGGAGUUUCUUGUUGAGGUUCUGAUGCUGAGCUUGCUGCACCACCCGAAUCUAGUCAACCUUAUCGGCUAUUGCGCCGAUGGUGAUCAGCGGCUUUUGGUUUAUGAGUACAUGCCGUUGGGUUCUUUGGAGGAUCACCUUCACGAUCCUUCCCCAGAUAAACCUCGGCUUGACUGGAAUACAAGGAUGAAGAUAGCUGCUGGUGCGGCUAAAGGGUUGGAGCAUUUGCAUGACAAAACCAAUCCUCCUGUAAUAUACCGGGACUUGAAAUGUUCAAACAUCCUGCUUGGAGAGGGAUAUCACCCGAAGCUGUCUGACUUCGGACUGGCAAAGCUUGGCCCAGUUGGCGAUAAAACCCAUGUUUCCACUAGAGUGAUGGGUACAUACGGAUAUUGUGCCCCUGAGUAUGCUAUGACUGGCCAGUUGACUCUAAAGUCAGAUGUUUAUAGCUAUGGUGUUGUUCUGUUGGAGAUCAUCACAGGGCGAAGGGCUAUCGACAACACCAGAGCUGCAGGGGAGCAAAAUCUUGUUGCAUGGGCCCGACCCUUGUUCAAAGACAGGAGGAAGUUUCCCCAGAUGGCAGACCCAGCACUCGAGGGCCGGUAUCCUUCAAGGGGAUUGUACCAGGCCCUGGCUGUCGCUGCAAUGUGCGUCCAAGAACAGCCGACCAUGAGACCAGUGAUUGGGGACGUUGUCACAGCCCUCAGCUACCUUGCCUCCCAGACCUAUGAUCCAGAAGUGCAUGGCGUCCAUCGCACGUCACGUUCAGCGGCACCCAGCACACCACCCCGAGCAAGGAACCAUGGUGCGGAUCAUCAGAGAGGAAGUGUGUGAGGUGGUAAUAUGGUAUGUAGAAAAGCAACAUAAGGGCUCCGGUAAAGCCCUGAAUUUUGUCGAUGCGGUAUCUGGAAGAGCUAGGUGUCCCAAACAGAAACGGAGAGAGGUUUUGUUGAUAGCGAAGCUGUUGCAUUUACAUGUUAAUGUUAGAGAACCGAUGGAUCGGUGAUGUAUGUUGAUCUAUCUUAGAGGUGAUCCUAUAGAGAUGAUGCAUGCAUGUGUUUAGGUCAUGUCCGUAUCUAAUGUAGCCAGAUGAGUCAAAUGUAAUUCAUGACAUUAUAAUUCGUUCGGGUUAUGAAUUAUCAUUUCUCCUUUUGAA